UUGUGGGAAACGUUUACAAAUGGCGGAUAUAAGUAUGGAGGUUGGGAAAGUGAAAUGACAAAAAGUAUUUAUUCUGCUGGGUUUAGAAGAAUGAAACAGAUAAUGGAAUCCUAUGAUCUUUAAACAAACAAAAUAUUUUUGAAGAAAGUAUAACAUAAUAGAAGCAUCAUGGUCAGCAUUCCAGAUUGGUCCAAGUUUGGAAAACUACAUGAAAAUGUUAGAGAACCAACAAACUUAUUGCUAAAUAAAUAUUAUAAACAAAGGGAAGAGCAAGCUAUCAAACAGGCAGAGGAGAGGGGCUAUUUCAGAGUCCCAACUCAAGAGUACUUAGUGGAAGAAUGUACAAAAAGGAAUAACUUCAAAUAUAAGGAUGUCCAUCGACUGAAGCUUAUCAAGUUGUGUGGUGUUCACUUGAGGAAAGUAGGAGAGAUUUCAAGCUGCAUUAAUCUAAGAAUAUUAAUUAUAAAUAACAACUUCUUGACAAAGAUUGAUGGACUGAUGUCAUGUCAUCAUCUGAUCAAAUUGGAUCUACAUAGUAAUCAGUUAUCAGAAAUUCCAGGAAUUCCUUUCUGGUCUGGGAUGAGGAAGCUUGAAAUGUUAUUUCUCCAUGACAAUCCGCUGGGGAAAUAUGAAACACUGCAGAGUCUUGCCACUUGUCCCAAACUGCUAGCCCUCACCCUCUAUGACACACCCCUCAGUCUAAAGAGGAAUUACAGACACCAUGUGGCUAACAGUAUUUGGUCACUAAAGGCCCUGGAUCAUUAUGUGAUUUCUGAUGAAGAGAUCAUUGAGGAUGCUUUGUUUGGUGGUCAGUUUGGGACACUGAAUCCAGCAUUUAGAAUCAAUCUCUGUCCUCCCACCCCAGAGAACACCACAUUCGAGGAAGAGAGACAUGUGUUUAUGUUGGUAAUUGCUACCAUUAAUGACAUUCAGGCUCACCAUUCCCCUGUACUUAUCAUUCAGAGAUUUAUCAGAGGCUUUCUCACUCGUAAAAGACUGGGUUUUGUCACCAAAAGGCCCAAAACAACAGCCUCAGGCCUGGAGCUUCCCAACAUACACCAGGAGUCCCACAUUCCCCCACCCCCAAGUUCCUCCCCGGAUCUCUCCCACUCCAUCAUCCGCGACUCCAGUCUUACUAACAUGGAGUUAGACCUCCUAUCAAGGACCAGGCCAGAGUCGUCUGCCCCUAGUGAGAGUCUGACAACAGCAUCAUAUGCAAGAGAGAUGGCCCUGGAGCCUCCAAUGACCCCCACUGAUACCCUGACACCUAUCCCUCAAGAUGUGGAGGUACCUAAAAAGAGGAAGAACCUUCUGAUUAACCUUGCCAAGCUUCAGAGUGGAACAUUCUCCACCCUGUAUAAUGAAGCCAUCGCAAUAGAAACAAUCUUACCCGACUCUUCUCUGGACAAGAUUGGUUCAGCCAGGCUGGAGACUAGGCGCAGUAGGAGAAAGAAGAAGAAAGAACCUCAGAGAAAAAUUGUAAAGAGUGUGAAACAAUUUUUUGGUCCUGUAGUAGAAUCAGAAAAGAUGGAAGACAUUCCACAAGAAAUUCCUGGUGAAGAGAUACCUAUAACAGAGUACCGCUUGAGAGGGAUGAAGCCAGAAAUGUCGUUUGUUGAUGCCACCACUGAGAUGAUACUGGAGAAACAGGAAGCAGGAAGACUAGUCAGGGAUGCAGAAGAUGUGAUUCAUAUCCGAGCAAGGGAUGCUCCAAAACCAAAGAUUACACCAAGAAAAACAGUCACAACAGAUCAGAGGAUAUUUUCAAGAGUGCAUGGAACUAUGGGAAUAUCCAGUUUACUGGCUGUUCACCAAGCAUACAAAGAUAGAGAAAAGGCUGAGCAGGCAGCUGCUAAGAUGGAACAUAUUUUAAACCUAAGAGAUGAAAGAGAUAGGGCUAAGGAGAGGAUACGAUUGUUUCAGGAUGAGAAACGGAACCAAGCUUUGAAGAAGAGGGAUCAAGAGAAAGCCAGAAUGUUGGAUGCUUUAGAGCAGAGGGAAAUGAAGAGGUUAAGUUACCUGGAUCGUAAGCAGGAAUUCAAAUCCAGGACGUCAGAUUUGUCUCGCUCUUAUAAGGCUGAUUUUACUUUCAUCACGGAGUUUAGCCAUCAGCAUACCUCUGUGGCCAAUGCUCUAAUGCGCCAUGACAAACAAGCCAAACAAGAAGACAUGCUUAAUCAAAAAUCGGAGGUAGUCCAGGGUCAUAGGUCAACUAAGGUAGAGCAGCAAGAUGUAGUGAAGAAAUACUUGGAACACAGACAAUUAAUGCGGCAGACAGAGUCGGCCAUGGCAAAGAAUGCACUGGAUGCCAGAAUGCUGCAGGAAGCUAAUGACAGAUUAAUGGAAGCCAAACAGAGGGUAGCCCAGCAGAAAGCAAGAAGAGAAACUGUGCAAGCCUUCUAUCCCCUGCCACAAACUGUAAACCCCGCACCAAAUCCCUCAAAUACCAAUAACCCUCCCCCAUCCUCGGCUCACUCACUUCCAGCGACCGCUCAGUCACUUCCCACCACCCCUGCCGCUGGGGCCACUCAUUUUGAGGCCAAUGUGAUCAUGUCUCAAGGCCGCCUGGGAAAACACCCAACCAUGGUUACGUAACUUUCGAACUCAACAUGUUUUCGUUGAGUUAUUUGAGUAGACUAAAGCAGGUGUCCAUUCUAAAUCAUGCCAAACUAAUUAUACUAAAUUAUAUAUAUUGUAAAAAAUCAUUUCAAGAAGGACUGAAGUUGAAAAGUUUGAAAAUGGCACUUGACAUUAAUUUUUACAUGGGGCUUGAAAAAUAUCUUAAUUAUAUCAAUAAAUUGUACUUUGAUUGAUAAAUUUGCAUAUUUAUUUAUGCUACUUUGUCAUCAAAUUAAAGUUUUAAGUUCUUAAUACAUGUAGCUUUCCUUUCUAAUAAGAUUUCUAUUUUUGUUGGAUGUACAUAGAAAAUACCUUUUCAAGUCUUUUAAAAUUUUAUAACUUGCUCAGGAAUAAUUUAUUGAAUGUAAAUUAGAGAUCUUUACACUACAUGUAUCAUAAAUAUAUUUUUUAUUUUCUAUAUAUCCAUAUCUUCAACAGUUCGAAAAGAAUUGGAUCUCUAUGGAAUUUAUUCUUAAACAUCAUCAAUUACUUCCUUCUGUAUUGUUCAUUUUUUUGUCUGACAAAAAUGUGAUUUUUUUCAUUUGUUUAAAUGUUAAUUGUUAAAUGUUACAAAGCAUGCAGAACAUGUCUUAAAUAUCUAGAGCUUUUCAAUUCAAUGAAAUGUCUAAUGAAAUAAAAUUGAAUCAAGUAGGUGGCAUAAGUCCUUCUUCAAUGUCAUUUAUUCAUGGAGUGCCAAGUUUCCUCUAACUCAAUUCAGUGUUUUGAUCAUUUUUUUUUUUUUUUUUUUUUUAGUAGGGCUCAUGGUUAAGUUACCAAAGUAUCUGUGAUAUAACUUUUACUGAAAUGUGCUCAGUAAUAUCUUCAGCAUUUUUACAGCCAACAGUUGAUGACAACAUUAUUUUAUACAAUUAUUUUUAUACUAAGUAUAUUAAUAAAAGACAAUCCAAUUUAUAUAUUGGGUAUAAAUGUGCAGAUAAUUCCAUUUCCAAAGUAAUUUUUUUUAACCAUGAAACUUGUUUUUACCAAAACGUUAAUGUGUUGUAUGAUAUGUAUAAUGUUUAAGGCUAUGUUGAGUUGUAAUUCAUUGAAUCACCUCCCCUUGUUUUAUCUUAUUUUCUGCCAUAUUUGUUACAGUAACACAUUGUUGUGCUCCCCUUUUGUUAUGUUUUAUGUGUAACCAUUAAUUAAUGUGAUAAUUUUACACUUUAUUUACAAUAAACCUGUAUUAUUUGUAAA